AUGGAACAGCGUGUUGUGGGUGUGCUCGGCGCUGGUCAGCUUGGCCGCAUGUUUGUUGAAGCAGCGGCUCGACUCAACGUGCAAGUCAAGCUGCUCGAUGUCGGCGACACGGCUCCAGCCAAGCAGAUCAACUACCUCCCUGGCCCCGAUGGAAAGUCGCAACACAUUGAUGGCAGCUUUGCCGAUCCCGAAAAGAUCCGCCAGCUUGCUUCGCAGGUAGAUGUGCUCACCAUCGAGAUCGAGCACGUCGAUGCUAACCAGCUUCAGAAGGUGCUCGACGACAAGCUCGUAGAUGCCGUCCAUCCGCUCCCCUCGACCAUCGCUCUGAUCCAGGACAAGUAUCUUCAAAAGGUUCAUCUAGCCAACAAAGGACUGCCGCUCGCUGAAUACGUCGCUGUGGGUCCAGAAGACAUGGCCAAGGUUGCCGAUGUAGCACAGGCGCGCUCGGCUCAGAUCCAAGCUGUGGAGAAAAUUGGCAAGGUGUUUGGAUUCCCAUUCAUGCUCAAGUCAAGGACGCAGGCAUACGACGGCAAGGGCAACUAUGUCGUCCGAUCUGCCGACCAGGCUGCUGCUGCUGCCGCUGUUGCUGCGCUAGGCGAUGGCAAGCGUGGUUUGUACGCUGAAAAGUGGGCGCCGUUCGAGCGUGAAGUGGCGGUGAUGGUGGUGCGUAGCGUCACGGGCGAAGUACGAGCGUAUCCGGCGGUGGAAACGGUGCACAAGAACAGCAUCUGCCACACGGUAUUUGCUCCGUUGCGAACCGCUGAUCCGGGCGUCGAGGCGCGCGCACGAAAGAUUGCCGAGCAAGCUGUGGCCACGUUUGGUGGAGCUGGUGUUUUUGGCGUCGAGAUGUUCCUCAUGCCCAACGGCGAGCUGCUCAUCAACGAGAUUGCACCGCGACCCCACAACUCGGGGCACUAUACCAUCGAAGCCGCCGACACGAGUCAGUACGAGAACCACGUGCGCGCCAUCCUCGGCUUGCCGUUGGGUAGCACGGCGCUCAAGGUCCCCUCGGCGGCCAUGAUCAACAUUCUUGGUUUGGCUGAUUCAGACAAGGAUGCGGAAGCGGUGGCCAAGACGCUGGUUCCUGCUGUUGUCAGUCUCAACGUUGCUGGCACGACGUGCCACCUGUACGGCAAAGCGGGCUGCCGUCAGGGUAGGAAGAUGGGCCACAUUACCAUUGUGGGGCAGAGCGAUGCUCAGGUGCGAGCACGUUUGCGUGUGGUAGACGAGGCGUUGGACAAGGCUACGGAGCUCGCCGAGAAGGGCGGCAAGCUUCCUUCUGAGCUGACGCUUGCUGGCGUUGUGGCACUCAACGCUUCGGCAUCGACUGGCUCGUCAAGCUCACAAGCGCUUUUGGUAGCGUCACCCAAGUCGGCGGCUGACUUUUCGCAUCCUCAGCCAUUGGUGGGCAUUAUUAUGGGCUCGGAUAGCGAUUUGCCCGUGAUGAUGGCAGCAGCCGAGAUUCUCAAAAAGUUUGACGUGCCGUUUGAGCUGACCAUUGUCAGCGCGCACCGCACGCCAGAUCGCAUGCGCACGUAUGCGCGCAGUGCGCCUGCUCGCGGGCUGCGCGCCAUCAUUGCAGGUGCCGGUGGCGCGGCUCACCUGCCAGGCAUGGUAGCUGCGCAGACGGCACUUCCCGUCAUCGGCGUGCCGGUCAAGGGCAGCACACUCGACGGUGUCGAUUCGCUGCACAGCAUUGUGCAGAUGCCUCGAGGAAUCCCUGUUGCCACCGUGGCUAUCAACAACAGCACCAAUGCGGCCCUUUUGGCGAUUCGCAUCUUGGGCGCUGCUGACCCGACGUAUCUGGAUAAGAUGCAAAAGUACAUGGAAGAGAUGGAAAACGAGGUGAAUGGCAAGAUCGAGCGUCUGGCCCAUGAUGCAUGGGAUUACACGUUGAACAAGUAG